ACCACUAUUGUAUUUGUUUAUCACUUUCUUUUCUCUCCAUUAUUAUAUUUCUGUUAAUUUUUGUGUCGGUAUUAUUCUGUCAAAUGAAAAUUUAUUCCUUGAUAUUUGGUUAAUAAGUGGUGUAGUGAAGACACCAGAUUACCCCCAGGUUCGGUUACGGGAAGUCUUGCGGUUAUAUAAUAUAGAGUUUUCCAGAACACAACUCUCAAGUCAACCGUUGCUAUGACUCCGACCUACUUCCCUCUGAGGUGGGAGAGCACCGGGGAUCAGUGGUGGUACGCUACUCCAAUUGAUUACGCUGCAGCCAACUGCCAGUACGAGUUAGUCCGUGAGCUUCUCCGAAUCGACUCCAAUAACCUCAUCAAUAUCACUUCCCUCCGCAGAAUUCGCCGCCUCGAGACCGUCUGGGACGACGAGUCCCAUUUCCACGACGUCGCCGCCUGCAGGUCACGCGUCGCCAGAAAACUCCUCGCCUCCUGCGAUGAAGAAGGUGGUUCCAAGGCCAACACUCUUAUCCGGUCUGGGUACGCCGGCUGGCUGAUGUACACGGCAGCCUCCGCAGGAGAUCUAGGUUUCGUUCGCCAUCUCCUCGAGAGGAAUCCUCUUUUCGUGUUCGGCGAAGGAGAGUACGGCGUCACUGACAUACUCUACGCCGCUGCCAGAAGCAAAAACCACGACGUGUUCCGUCUGAUUUACGAUUUCGCGGUUAGUCCUAGGUUCGAAACCACCGGCUGUUUUGAUCAGCAAAACAGCGAUAUUCCGGCGGCUUACAAGAGGGAGAUGAAGAACAGAGCGGUUCACUCUGCUUCUAGAGGAGGCAAUCUUGUCAUUCUCAGAGAACUUCUUAGUGAUUGCUCUGCUGAAGAUGUCUUAUCCUUCCGAGACAAACAGGGCUCCACCAUCCUCCACGCAGCCGCCGGAAAAGGAAAGACUCUGGUGGUUAAAGAGCUUGUGGCUUCAUACGGCCCUUUAAUAAUAGACGCCAUUGACAGCCAAGGCAACACUGCUUUGCACGUGGCAGCCUUCCGUGGCCACGCUGAUCUCGUUGAGGCUCUGAUCUCCGCCUCUCCAUCUUUGAUCUCCGCCAGAAACAACGCUGGUGACACUUUCCUUCACGCCGGCAUCUCCGGUUUCCAGACUCCGGCGUUCGAGAGGCUUGACAAACACACGGAGCUCAUGAACCUUCUCAUCACAUCCGCUGCCUCCAACUCCCCCUGCGAUGUCGUCAACUAUAGGAACAAGGAGGGACGUACGGCUCUUCACUUGGCAAUCUCCCGAAAUGUUCCUCUUGAGUUCGUUGAGAUGCUCAUGUCUGUGAAAUCGAUUGAUAUUAACAUCAAGGAUGCUUCUGGUAUGACUCCGCUUGAUCUCAUCAGACAUAAGCCGCAGUCUCCCACGUCUGAUCUCCUGUUCCGACGGUUGGUUUCAGCGGGAGGGAUGUUCAGCUGUCGUGAUCAAAGCAUCACAAGUGUGGUCGCUUCUCAGUUGAAGGACAGAGGAAACUUUUACAGCCCAGGAGCUCGUUUUAGGACAUCUGACGCUGAGUUAUUCCUGAGCACCAGACUUGAAGAUGUCCCUACUAGACACGUGAGAUCCAGCUCCUGUUCCAUUGAGAUCUCUCAGCUAAACGUGACGGGUGAGAAUAAUCAUCAUCUCAAAAAAUGUAGAAACGCUUCUGUUAACUCCACAACUGAGAGACUGAAGAGCGUUUUCCUGUGGCCACGAAUCAAGAAACAACCUGGCGGCCAUUCCAAAAACGAUUCAGAGAUCAGCAUCACGUCUGAGACGCAAGAAACUCAUGUGCCUCUCCGACAGAGAUUCUCAAAAAGCAGCAGCACUUCCUCUCCUGCUCUGCCUAAUAAUAGUAACAAUAAAAGAACGUUAUCGGUGAGAAGUAACCAGUCGAGUCCAAGAGCCAAGAAGAAACGGUUUGGUUCGGUGCGAUCUCGUUCGAGCUCAUUUUCGAAAAUAUCCAUCCACUCUUCUUCCGCUUCUUCAACGUCAAGCAUGGUUGAUCUUAAGCAGAAGGGAGUGUUGAUCGAUACCAACAUAGCCGGACCUUCUGAGCCGGUGGUGAAAAGUAAAAAGGUGAGGAGGAGAUUGAAGAGCCAUUACUUCUGCUUUGGUGCUUCAGCUUUGUCUGUGAAAACACCAGCUACUACUGUCUUGGUAUAACCUGGUUAGAGCAAACCCCGGUGAGACAACCAAUGGAUUUUAUAAACCAUAAGAAAGGAUUUAUGUAUGCUUUGUUAAAAAUUUAUGUUUUGAAAACUUUUAGCACAAAAUUGUCUUUCAAAAAUAUAACUUGAUAGCGUCAUUUAGUAAUAUAUGGGUAUGUUUGUUUUUAA